AUGCCUAGCAUCAACUGCGCAGUUCGUGGCUGCCAUAACACAUGGGGAAAACGGAAUCAGACCCUUAAUUACGAUUGUUUUGACCAUGGAAAGAAGAGGUCUGAGUGUUGUGGGCCGCUAUUUACUUUGCACCGAGCUCCAACCGACGUUGAGGAUCUGCGUCUCUGGCUGAAGGCGCUGAAUUUAAAAAACUCACCGAAGUGUCCUUUUGUGUGCUCGUAUCAUUUUGUGGAUGGUAAACCUACACCUGAACAUCCCUACCCAGAGAAAUGGUUGGGAUACAACGCUCCUCUGAAGAGACCUCGGCGGGUGCUUGAAAAAUAUACGCCUGCAUCUGCCAGCUGUGCAGUGGAAGAUGAUAACUGUGAAGAAACGUCUCCACUUCCUCCUGAACACAACUAUGGAAAGAAUGCCAGCCCUUCAAUAGAUCAGCCACUCAACUGUAAUCAGGCAACGCAGUGUUCAGGACCUCCCGAACUGCAUCGACAACUUCUACGCACUGAUCGCUUAAGUCUGCUCUACACAGGUUUGCCUCUGGAUGCGUUUUCUUUUUUAGCCAAUCAGCUAACAAAGGAUUACAAAAACUCCUUUCAAUUAGAUGCCCAUGAUCAGGUCCUUAUGACCCUGAUGAAGUUACGGCUGAAUUUGCUGCAGGAUGAUCUUGCUGAGAGGUUUCAUGUGUCUCAGUCUCAAGUCAGCAAGAUCACGUCUGUGUGGUAUGACAUCAUGGAGGAGAAAAUGAGGAGUUACAUCCCUUGGCUGCCCAGGGAAACUAUCCAAGCAACAAUGCCACAGUGUUUUAAAGAGCACUAUCAAACAACAACCUGUGUGAUCGACUGCUCUGAAACCCCACUGCAGAAACCCCACAACCUGGAUUCAAGAGGCGAGUCUUAUAGUCAUUACUAUGGCCAAAAUACAAUUAAGUAUCUAGUGGCAAUUGCUCCCAGUGGUCUGAUCAUGUUUGUGUCCGCUGCAUAUGGAGGCAGAUGCAGUGACAAAUUCAUUACAUCUAAUAGUGGCUUUCUGGAGUACCUGCGUCCAGGAGAUGUUGUUAUGGCAGACAGAGGAUUUGUCAUUUCAGACCUCCUCCAUGAACGAAAAGUGAAGCUGAUCUUGCCAGCAUUCACCAAAAAGGGGAUGCCACUGUCUGAAGAGGACACAACCAACACCAGGCGCAUUGCCAAUGUGCGCGUCCACGUUGAAAGGGUCAUUCGCCGCAUAAAAAACCUUUCACAAAUUAUACCAGUAAACCUGGCUCACAAAUUUGAUAAAAUCCUGAGAAUUUGUGCAGCUUUAUCUAAUCUACGUGGGGAUAUCAUUCAUGAAGAGGAUUAG